AUGCAAACAAAUUCUCACUAUAAAACCAACCUUUCGGUCGCGAGAAAAUCGGCUAAUCCCCGCAGUGUAGUCCGUUGCCCUCCAACGCGGACAGGAUCUAAUCCUAUCCAAGAGUCCCUGCCGUUCAAGCCCGACGUCGUCCUGUCCUGCAGGAAAGCCAAUCCUGAGUUUUCCUUCGAACCUCAACAACUUUCAAAAGCCUCGAAGAAAACCAACAGAGAUAGGAAGAAGACCUGGUUCUCACCUGAUCCUGGUAACGAUCCACGCGAUCUGAUAGUCGAGCAGACGAACCAGCGGACCCUCCAACGACUUCGGCCUAACAUAAGACCUAGUCCUGGUGUUUCGACUCCACCAACUUGGACUCCGAAACCGAUCAUCAGCCCUCUUGCGAUGGUUCUUGAUCGCCUCGUGCGAUUAUAA